ACGGAAACGAUAGCUGUGCUUGGUGGUUGAUUUGAGUAUAUUUUGAUGGAGUCGAAAUGCUUAUGUAUGUGCUACUUACACUCCUCUUAUUAGAAGGGCUGUGGUGCCAAGGGUGUUGGGACCAUGAGAGAACUGCUCUACUCCAACUCAAGCCAUUUUUUGAUAAUCCUUAGGGUACAAAAAUAUGGUCGGUGAGAGGAGAGGAAAAUUCAAAUUGUUGUCAAUAGGAGGGGGUUGAGUGCAACUCUACCACUGGACAAGUCAUAACACUCAAUUUCAAUUACAAAAAGUUCCAAGAAUCUAAUAGUGACAUGUCUCUACCUCGCUAUGGGAAUCCCACGUUUGAUUUUAUGGAAUUGGAGAAUCUCCUGUAUCUGAAUGCUGUCUUUGUUUCUUCCACUUGAAGAUUUCAGGAGUCUCUAUUUCGCUGGAAAUGGGAUAGCUGGUUGCAUUGAAAAUGAAGGUUUAUACCCAUCUUCCAACUUAAUUUUGUGAUUAUCAUGAUCAUCUCAAUAUGUAUAUAAGUAUAUUCGUCUCAUUUCUAUUCUCCCAUAUAUAUUUAUUCUCUAUUUUAAUUUAACCAAAAUUACAAUUCAUAUGAUGUGUUUGCAGGUUUGGUUAAGCUUUCAAAGAAGUUGAGUAAUUUGGAAAUCCUCAACUUGGAAGAAAAUUUCUUCAAUAACAGCAUUUUGCCAUCUCUAAGUGAGAUUUCAUCUCUUAGGUCUCUAAAUCUAGGUGAUAACAAGUUCCAAGAAUUUGACCAUGCUAACAGUAUGAUAGUCCAUCUCUUCUUCACCCUUGUUCUAGUGAAAAUUGGUAUCCCCUUUCUUUUAACAAAAUCUGACAUCUUGAUGUUCUUAUUCUCUCUCUUUGAUUGCUAUGUGUUCUCUUCGAUCGAUUUCCUUUUAUCUUGUUACUUUUUUGGAGUGCUUCGAAUAUCUCUCUUGAAUGCAAGUUAGCCCCUCUGAAAUCCCUAGAUCAUUAGCCCAAUGAUUGAACCUUGCCCCUCCUUUCUUUUGAUCAAAGUCCCCGUUCGGAGUAGUAGAUGGAACGAGGGAGAGGACAAAGAGUGUGUAGAGGAGAAAGGGACAAUAAACAGUUGAAGAAAAGAAUUUUUGUCUGCUCUGAUUUUUUUUUCUUUCUUCUUUUUUAUUUUAUUUUUUUGGGACGAAAGCUUAAUGAUUUUGAUGAAUCAAUUCUAUUUUUAAUUUUUGUGAUCCUAAAAACCCCAAAAUUUUGGCACUCUUCAUGUUUGGUGGAGAAUCAUAGAUAAAUUUGUAGGGUGAAGGGAUUGAAUGAUAAAGUCAGGAAGAGGAAAGCUAAGGAAGUAAAGUGGGAAGGGGUUUCAGACUAAAAUGGUGUCAUUUUA